AGCCUACCGAAUUUUCAUUGUCAGCUAAUGACAAUUGCUACUUUACUGGUUUGCCUUCGUUGGUCGAACCAUUACCAAAAUGUUCAAAAAUUAAGCCAGUUCAUUCAUAUAGUAGCAGUUAUUUUCAUCAUCUUUCUAAAAACAAAUUCACAGACCUGGUAAUUGAAGUGGGAGAAGAGCCUGAUAUUGAAAGAUUUAAUGCACAUACAGAAAUUCUUUCUAAUAGUACACCCUAUUUUAAAUGUGCUUUAUCAUCAUCUUGGGCUAAAUUUGAAAAUGAUAAAAUUAUCUUUAAGAAGCCUAAUAUUACACCGAAAGUAUUCCUUAUUGCAUUAAACUACAUCUAUAGUGGUGAAGUACUUUGGAAGCAACAUGUUGAAAAAGAUAUAUUAAAUUUUUUAGUGGCAACUGAAGAACUAUUAAUUGACGGAAUUUUGGAUGAAGGUCAAUGUCAUCUUAUUGAGCAAAGAUAUGAAUGGAUAUUAUGCAAUUUGGAUUUGGUUACUUUUACUAGCUUCAGAUAUAAAUCACUUGAAAUACUUCAAGAUUAUUGCUUAGAGAAAAUUUGCGAAAAUCCACGAUUACUUUUCAGAUCAAAAUACUUUUUACAACUUGAUGGUAGUUUAUGGAUGAAAUUUUUGAACAUGGAUAAAAUUCAAAUGGAAGAAUUUGAAAUUUGGCACAAUUUAAUUUUAUGGGGAAUUGGUCAAAUUUCAGGAACAAAUAAUUAUUUUUUUAGUUUUUCUAAAGAGGAAUUAGCCAAUUUAAAAAAUAUAUUAUAUAGCUAUAUCCCAUUAAUUAGAUUUACUAAAUUCUCUGUUAAUCAACUUUAUACUUUUGUUUGGCCUUUUAGAGAUAUAAUUGAUUUAAAUUUAAGAAAUGAAAUCGCAGAUUUUCAAAAUAAUUUAAAACUACAACUUAAUGUAAUUUUAGAACCAAGACAACCAAAUGAUCCAGAAAGUUGGGAUUAUAUUGAUUCUAGUAGAAAAUAUCUCUACACAAAUGAAAGCUUUAUAUUUUCUUUUGAUCCUUGUAAAAAUUCUCAGAAUAUCAAGUUUAGUACAGUUAAAGAAAAUAAUCCAGCAAUCAAAGAUGACUUACAAUUAGGCCCCUGCUUUGGUAAACAAGAUAUUCAUAUGACUGACGAUUUUAACAAACGUGGAAAAUGCACCUCCCAUUCUUCAAGUUUUGAAAAUAUUAUAUUAGCAAAAAAUUUUUCUAUUAUUGAAUAUGAAGUUUUUCAAGUUGUUUAUAAAAGAAAUAAUGAAAAUAGAUGGAUUUCAUUUAUGAAUCCUAAAUAUUUUAAAAAUGAUAA